AUGAACACUGAAGAAAGUAAAGGUUUUGUAUUUCAUAUAGGCUAUGAACUUCCAUCGAAAACACAAGUUGGAAUGCGAUUCGCCAAUUUGAGAUUGCAUGCUUGGGGAGUUUUCAGCAAUGUUUACAGAGGCACUCUAGUUUCACCUGGUCCCGAACAAGAGGUUGCCAUCAAAAAGACAUGGCCAAGAACUUCCGAGAAGAAUUUUGAGCUUUUAUUCCUGUCUGGAAUAGGAAGACAACCUCACAAAAAUAUUGUGCAGAUGCUUUUUGCUUUCUCAAGGUGCACUAGUAAUCCAUUGCAUCCAGAUGUGAAGCCGUCGGUAUGCGAAUCCUACGUUUUCUCGUUUCUGCCUGAUACGAUGGCUAGUGUUUUGAAAGCCGGUAGAAUCGAUGAAGUUGAUAUUAAAUUGUAUACUUGGCAACUGUUUGAAGGGUUGAGAUAUUUGCAAGCGCACACUAUUGUUCAUAGAGAUGUAAAACCGGUAAACCUCUUGGUAGAUCAUAAUAAAGGAAUUCUGAAAAUUGGGGAUUUCGGAAAUGCGAAAAUCGUCAGAAGAAGCAUUUUAUCGACAUCCUACCAGGUAGUUACUAGGUUUUACAGGGCGCCUGAAUUAUUGCUAGAAGCUAGGGAUUACUAUUGGUUCAUAGAUGUCUGGUCUGCCGGGUGUUGUGUUGGCGAGAUGAUGACAGGAACGGUCAUGUUUCCCGGCGAUAGCACCAAGAAAAUGCUGAAGCUGAUCGUUCGAUGCCUUGGUGUUCCAUCAAAAAAGGACCAUGAUUAUAUGAAAGCUAAAAGAAUCAUCACUGAUGAGUCGCCGAUCAAGAAGCCGAUUGGAAUUGCUGGGGUCCUUGGAAAUGUUAGUAAAGAGUGGUGCGAUUUUUUAAGCGAAAUUCUGAGAUAUCGCCCAAGAGAGCGACUUCAUGGUGUCAAACUUUUAAACCACCCAUUUUUUAAUCAAAUAUUCACAGGGAAAUGCACAAGAUUCAAUGGGCAAUUGAUCAAUAUGAUUAUAACUCCUUCGGAUUUUGAAACUGCCAUGAAAAAUGACUAUACGGCUGGCCGACAGUAUGCGGCCGCUGUGCUGAGAGGUGAUCUCAAAUUCAGUUUGGAUUCGAAGCCACCGGAAACGACCGCGCCAUCGACAGUAUCGAGUCAGCCGCCAGGAAAUGUAUUUCAGUUUGGAUUUUUGCAUUGCAACACCCUUGGCGUCAAGCGACCCUACAUUAAUUAUCGUACCUGCGCCAGCGCGGCUGAUAUCGCAAUAGAUCGAAUCAAACGCGAAAACCUUCUGAGCGGUUAUGAUUUCAAUUCGACAAUUAUGUUCGAAGAUUGUGACGAGUCUCUUUCGGCUGGUAGAACUGUUGAGUUGAUUCGCCGUCAUAAUGUCGAUGUCAUUUUUGGACCAGCUUCAAAUCUUGCUGCAUUUCCGGCUGUUACAAUUUCAACUUACUAUAAUAUUCCAAUCAUUUCCUGGGGAUUGGUUAGUGACACGGAAUUGGAUAACGUAAGCCGCUAUCCAACGGCCGCAUUAAUCUCAACAACGUCAAAAAGUUUGGUGAUGGCAUUUCGGGAGGUAAUGCAAGAAUUCAAAUGGAAUCAAUUUGUCUAUGGAUACUCAUUGAUAGACGAAGAUGAAAAGUGUCUUCCGCUUCGAAAUGAUUUACAUGCGAUGGUUGCGAAAUAUAGUGAUAUGACUCUUUCGUUUACAUAUCAAAUUACUGAUGAUUCCGAGAAAGGAUUAUUAAGAGCAUUAGUGGAGCUCUCCAAAAGAGGACGAAGUUAA